AUGACAACAGACUCCACUGAAGCGCCUCCACUUGAUGUCAAAAGUCAAGGUGCGACUCAAAUCAAAGACCCUAUGACGCCUAUCAAGCCACAGACACCCAAGACACCCAAAACUCCCAAGACUCCCAAGUCUCCCAAGGCUGCCUCUUCCCCUAAGACAGCUUCUACCCCUAAGGUAGCCUCUACCCCUAAGGAGUCCAAAGCGCCUAACACUCCACAGGCCUCGCAGGCACCCAAAACACCCAAUGAACCCAAAGAGUCCAAGGAGUCCAAGAAGCCCAAGGAGCCUAACACACCAAAGUCUUCCAAUAAACCCAAGAAAGCAAAGACACCCAAGAAACCCAAGACGCCCAAGGUCGAGAACGAGAACGAAAUGGACGCAGCCGAGCAUCACGCUGCUCUUGCCGAAGCAUCAAAAGGAAGCCAAUACAAGUACGACCCUAAUUUGACCGCCGAAAGAUGUCGCAAGUACGAUGUCAGGAAUAUGUCCGGUCGCUUUGUCUGCUCCCCUUGCAAAUCCAAGAAACAACACACCUGGGGGUCGGGAGUCAUCUGUACCCAGUUGUUUCUUUCCAAGUCCAACACUUAUCGAGCCGUCUUUUUUGGCCAACAGUGCAAGAAGUGUGACAAGUAUGGCAAACUGGAAUUGGAUGUGGGAAAAUAUGUUGAAAGGGUGCUGGAUACGUUUGAGUUGUGGAGAGGUUUGAGGGAGGCACGGAUGGCGGAUCCGCAUGUUACGACGGGACCGCAUGAUAGCAAGCGAUGCUAUGGAUGUCAGCUUGGCAUUUGUAACAAGAGAGAUGAUGAUGAUGAGGACGACUACAACUACGACAGCGACAACGACAAGAAUUUAAGAUCUUUUGUCCGCGGAAGAUACUGA